AUGGAUCUUCAAUGCCCUUCCUUCCAAGUCCUGUUUACUUCUUUCUUGCUCCUUGUGAUUCUGUUACUAAAAGUAGGGAAGAGAUGCCAAAACAACAACGCAUCUGCUUCAAAUCUACCACCAGGUCCAUGGAAGCUACCAAUUAUUGGAAACAUACACCAGCUCAUUGGCACUCUACCCCAUCGUGGACUCAGAGACUUGGCCAAGAAACAUGGACCUGUUAUGCACCUGAGGCUCGGAGAAGUUUCCACCAUAGUUGUUUCGUCAGCUGAGCUUGCCAAAGAGGUGAUGAAAACACAUGACAUUAUCUUUGCAUCAAGACCCCAAGUCUUAGCUACAAGGAUCUUAUUUUAUGAUUCUAAAGAUAUUGUAUUUGCUCCAUAUGGUGAUUACUGGAGAGAAUUACGAAAAAUUUGCACGCAGGAGCUCUUAAGUGCAAAGCGGGUUCAAUCUUACCGGCCUAUUAGGGAAAAAGAGGUACUGAAUCUCAUCAAAUGGAUUGGUUCAAGAGCAGGAUCACCAAUUAAUCUUACUCAGAAAGUUAUAUCUGCCACAUUUAGCAUAACUUCUCAAGCAGCCUUUGGUAAUCAGUGCAAGGAUCAAGAAGAGUUCAUAGAUGCAGUGAAGGAUAUUAUCAAAGCAAUAUCGGGCUUCAAUGUGGUAGAUGUAUUUCCUUCUUUCAAAUUACUUCAUAGGAUAAGGGGAGAGCAACCUAAACUUCAGAGGCUGCAGAAGCAAGCUGAUAGAAUGAUGGAAAACAUCAUCAAAGAACUUAUACAAGCUACAACAAUAGUGAAAAGUGAUGAGGCUCAAGAUCUGGUAGAUGUUCUCCUAAAAUUUCAUGAGACUUGCGGUGGCAGUGAUCUUUCUUUGACUACUGACAACAUCAAAGCAGUGAUAUUGGAUAUUUUUAUCGCUGGGAGUGAGACAUCAGCUACGACUGUAGAUUGGACAAUGUCAGAAAUGAUUAAAAAUCCGAGAAUCAUGAAAAAGGCACAGGAUGAGGUGAGGGAAGUGUUCAACAGAACACAGCAAGUAAACGAAACAAGCAUCAGAGAGAUGAAAUAUUUAAAGUUGGUCAUUCACGAAGCACUGAGGUUACACCCUCCUGGUCCCCUGUUAGCUCCAAGAGAAUGUGGAGAGAGGUGUGAGAUUGAUGGGUAUGAAAUACCUGUCAAAACGAAGGUAAUCGUGAAUGCUUGGGCGAUCGGGAGAGAUCCCAAUUACUGGAGUGAGCCGGAGACCUUUAAUCAGAGAGAUUCAUUGAUAGCUCUGGUGACUACCAAGGAACAAACUUUGAUUGCAAACAAUCAAACAAAGCAAUGA